AUGGGGCGGCAGGCGGCGCGAGACGCGGGCGGGCGGGCGGCGGCGGCGGCGGCGGGGCGCCGCGGCGCGGACGAGGCGCCGGCGGCGGGCGCCGCGGAGCGCGCCGCAGGCCGCCACCAGCCCGCCCGCGCCGCCCACUCGCCCCCUCGCGCAGCGGCCGCCGGCGCCGUGAAGCAGGAGCCCCCCGGCGGCGGCGACGCGGCCGCGCACGACCCCUGCGACCGCGACGGCGAUGACGACGCGCCCCUCAAGCCCCCGGCUGGCCGCAAGCGUGAACAAAAGAAUGCUGCUGUGAUCCUUCAUGUCGCGGAUGGCCUGUCAUUGCGACUUCUGGUUAAUCGAGGAGUCUACGUGUGUAAAUAUGUAAUCAGCGAGAAGGACAAGGCGCUGGUGGGCGCAGCCAAGCGGAAAGCGCAGACGCCGCGCGUCCUCAAACACAAGGCGGAGGGCGACGGGGAGGCGGGUGCGCCGGCGACGGAGGCGCUGGGCGAGGGCGCGCCGGCGCCCGCGGCGCUCGACCCGGCCACAGGCGAGGCGGAGGCCGACCCUCUGCCGCCGGCCAGCGCCGAAGGGGAGGAGCCCGCCUCGGCCGCCGACGCCGUCGCCGAGCCUGUCCCUGCCCCUGCGCUCGUCGAGGCCGCGGACGCCGUCAAGGACGACCCCGACCCCUUCGCCGACGACGGCUUCGACGACCGCGAGUCGUCCGAGGACGACGACUUCAAGAAGCAGGAGGAGGACCAGCAGCAGCAGGAGGCCGCGUCGCAGCCGCCCAUCUUCCGAUGGGAGUGCCAUGUUUGCCAGCAAGUCUUCCGUAACUGGAAUUCGCUUUCUGUGCACUGCCGAACGACCCAUGAUGUGCCUGCACAGGUGGUGUGCCUGUGUGCCAAAGUCCUGGCUAGCAGGGCUUCAAUCAUUAAACAUCGACUGAAGCACACCAAUGGCUACAAAUACAAGUGUGACAAGUGUGAAAAGGCCUUCCAUCGAAAGUCUCUCUUUGAUCUCCAUGUCCUAAGUCAUGUGCCAAAAGAAGAGCAACCAUUUGUUUGCUGUAAAUGUGCCCGUCGCUUUCAUUGUGAAGCACUUCUUCGACAUCAUGAAAGGGUGCACCUGCCUCGUGAAGAACGUCUUGUCUACCCUUGCUCUGUCUGUGCCAAAAAGUUUAGUAGCCGUUCAAAUGUGUCUGCUCAUUUGAAAGCUGUUCAUUUUGGAGAGAGGCCGUUUGUUUGUGACCAGUGUGGUCACAGUUUCACAUCCAAGGGCAUUCUCCAAGAACAUCUUACAAUUCACAGUGAUGAGACACCAUUUAAGUGCACUCAAUGUAAAAAAAGUUUCAAAACCAAGUACCGGUUGAAGAUACACAUGGAUACUCAUCGAGAAACUCCCUACCAGUGUCCUGUGUGUCCUCAUCAAUUGUCUACGAGACGGACUCUUCGAAUGCACCUGUUAGUACAUAGGGAUGUGAAGGCCUACCAGUGCGCUACGUGUGGGAAAGCCUUUAAACGUUCCAAGGAUCUCAAGAACCACCACAACCUGCACACGGGUCGCCGGCCCUACACGUGCACCUUUUGCCCGCGCACCUUCGCCAACGGCUCCAACUGCCGCGCCCACAAGCGCAAGAUGCACCCGGAGGAGCUGCGGGCGUACGAGGCGCAGCUGGCUGCGGCGGCGGAGGCGGGCGAGGCGCCCCCCGCGCCGCCCCCGCGCGCACCGCAGCCGCCCUCCUCCUCCUCCGUGGCCCAGCACGGCAUCAUCAACGCGGUGACGCAGGUCCCGCCCGCGCCCGCGCCGCCCGCCAGCCCGCACCUCCCGGCAGCGCCGCCGCCUCCGCCGCCGCCCGCGCCCCAGACCCACCUGGAAGUGCUGCACGGGGACCUCAAGCCGCCCGUGGACCUCAAGCCGCCUCCCACGACCCUCCCGCACGCGCCGCCCUGCACGGAGUACGAGCGCCACGCUGCCAUGUACGACUCCCACGAAAGCCUCAAGGCGGCGGCGGCGGCGGCAGCGGCGGCGGUAGCGCACUCCGGCCCCGGCCGCCCGCACGAGUACGGCGCGCCCCCGGCGCAGAUGGCGCGCGCGGCGCUGCCCCCACACCUGGCCGCCGCCGACCUCGCCGGGGUGGCGCGCCUCGGCGACAACGGCCUCUGCCGCCACCCGCACUCCACGGCCGCCGCCCUGGCCGCGGCGGAGCUGGAGGCGGCCGUGGGUGCCAGGGGCACCAUGGCCACCAUGGCCAUGAACCUCAACGUGAGGCGGGGCGCCGGGGACAUGCUCAACAGCCACCUCGCGUCGCUCACGCCGCUCAACCUCAACGUCUCCGAGAUGCACGCCAGCCGGCAGCAGCAACACCAGCAACAGCAGCAUCAACAACAGCAACCGCAUCCGGGAAUGGGAGAUGCGGGAGUGUUGUCGGAGCUGGAAGACGGUGGUUACUUGGGGGGACCUCGUCGUACAGUGGAUGGGUUUGGUAGUGGACGUUCGCAUUUGGGUAUGAGUACUGCAUUAGGAGGUUUAUCCACUGCAGGCCUCACAACAGGUCUUCCUCUACAUCGGCAAGCUCAGCAGCAGCAGCAGCAACAACAACAACAACAGCAGCAGCAACAACAACAACAACAACAACAACAACAACAGCAACAGCAGCAGCACCAACAGCAGCAAUCGCAAGCAAUGGCUACUUUGAACCACCGCAGCGGAAGUGUGAUGCAUCCAGUCACACAGCAUGGAGGUACUGCUGAUCCUCAAGCCUAUCAUAUCUACCAGCAUCCCACUGAGACCAUGCCAUCAGCAGUAGCAGCAGCCAUUGCUCACUCUACUGGAGGGAUGUCUGUGCCAGCUUUUCCGGGAAAUCCCUACAUCCACCACAAUAUGGGCUACAGUCGUGGUGGUAGUGCUAUGUAG